GCCCGGUUAAUGUUUAAUCAGAGAGGAUCGUCCGAUGGGGCUCGGGGUGGCGUGAUCUCCCAGCCCCCAGGCGUCGAGCACCCACACCCUGGAAGACCAGCAGGCGUCGACGCACCGGCUUUGGGCUAGCGUCGCUUCUCCCUGCUCUCCAGCUGUGCAGCCUAGACCCGUGAGGCCGCGCUCGGCGGGACGUCGCAGCCUGCAGCCGUGCCCGGGCCCGGGGUGCGCCAGCCUCGAGUCCCGCGUGCCCUCGUCCUUCCGCGCCGGAUGGGCCCCGGCUGUUCUGUGUGGCCGCGGAGGCCUCCGCUGUCGCUGUGGCUGCUGCUGCUGCUGCUGCUGCGUCCCGCGGGCGCCCGCGCCCUGGAGGACGAGGAAGGCGACUACGAGGAGCUGGUGCUCGCCCUCCCGUCGGAGGAGGAUGGUCUGGCCGACGCCGCUCCGCACGUGGUCACCGCCACCUUCCAUCGUUGCGCUAAGGAUGCCUGGAGACUGCCUGGCACCUACAUAGUGGUGCUGAUGGAGGAGACCCAGCGGCUACAGACAGAGCGCACUGUCCGCCGCCUGCAGUCCUGGGCAGCCCAGCGGGGCUACAUCAUUAAGGUUUUACACCUCUUCCAUGACCUCUUCCCCGGCUUCCUUGUGAAGAUGAGCAGUGACCUGUUGGGCCUGGCCCUGCAGUUGCCCCACGUGGAGUACAUCGAGGAAGACUCCUUUGUCUUUGCCCAGAGCAUCCCAUGGAACCUGGAGCGGAUCAUCCCAGCGCGAUACCAGGCAGAGGAAUAUAAUCCCCCAAGUGGAGGUGGUCAGGUGGAGGUAUAUCUCUUAGACACCAGCAUCCAGAGUGACCAUCGGGAAAUUGAGGGCAGGGUCACCAUCACUGACUUCAACAAUGUGCCUGACGAGGACGGGACGCGCUUUCACAGACAGGCCAGCAAAUGUGACAGCCAUGGCACCCACCUGGCAGGCGUCGUCAGUGGCCGGGAUGCUGGUGUGGCCAAGGGUACCAGCCUGCACAGCCUGCGUGUGCUCAACUGCCAAGGGAAGGGCACGGUCAGCAGCACUCUCACAGCCCUGGAGUUUAUUCGGAAAAGUCAGCUAAGCCAGCCUGCUGGGCCACUAGUGGUGCUGUUGCCCCUGGCAGGGGGGUAUAGCCGGAUCCUCAACACAGCCUGCCAGCACCUGGCAAGGACUGGAGUAGUGCUGGUUGCUGCAGCUGGCAACUUCCGGGACGACGCCUGCCUCUACUCCCCAGCCUCUGCUCCAGAGGUCAUCACAGUUGGGGCCAUCAAUGCCCAGGAUCAGCCACUCACCCUGGGGACCUUGGGGACCAACUUUGGCCGCUGUGUGGACCUCUUUGCCCCUGGAAAGGACAUCAUUGGGGCCUCUAGUGACUGUAGCACAUGCUUCGUGUCAAAGAGCGGGACGUCGCAGUCUGCUGCCCAUGUGGCUGGAAUUGUCACCACGAUGCUGAAUGUGGAGCCAGAGCUCACCCUGGCUGAGCUUCGGCAGAGACUGAUCCACUUCUCUACCAAAGACGUCAUCGACAAGGCCUGGUUCCCUGAGGACCAGCGACUGCUGACCCCCAACCUGGUGGCCACACUGCCCCCCAGCCCCUAUGGAACAGGUGAGCAGCUGCUCUGCAGGACGGUGUGGUCGGCGCACUCGGGGCCCAGACAGACAGCCACCGCUGCAGCCCGUUGUGCUCCAGAUGAGGAGCUGCUCAGCUGCUCCAGCUUUUCCAGAAGCGGGAGGCGGCGGGGUGAUCGAAUGGAGGCUAUAGGGGGCCAGCGGGUCUGCCUGGCAUUCAACGCAUUCGGGGGUGAGGGGGUCUAUGCUGUUGCUAGGUGCUGCCUGCUUCCCCGUGCCAACUGCAGCAUCCACACAACCCCCACAGUCAGGACUGGCUUGGAGACCCAUGUGCACUGCCAUCAGCAGGACCAUGUCCUCACAGGCUGUAGCUCCCAUUGGGAGGUCGAAGACCUUGAUGCUUACCGUCAACCUGCAUUGAGGCCCAGAGGUCAGCUCAGCCAGUGCGUGGGCCACAAGGAGGCCAAUAUCCAUGCUUCCUGCUGCCAUGCCCCAGGCCUGGAGUGCAAAGUCAAGGAACAUGGGAUCUCCGGCCCCGUAGAGCAGGUCACCGUGGCCUGUGAGGCAGGCUGGACCCUGACUGGAUGCAAUGUCCUCCCUGGGGCCUCCCCCACUCUGGGGGCUUAUGCCGUGGAUAACACGUGUGUGACCAGACGCCGAGACACUGACACUGCAGGCAGAACCAGUGAAGAGGCCACUGUGGCUGCUGCCAUCUGCUGUCGGAGCCGGGCUUCAGUGAAGGCCUCUGGGGCACGCCAGUGACAGCCCCAGGCCUGGGGUUUGGUGCAGAGGGGACAGAUCUACCUGACUAAUGCAGCUGAAUGGGGGUGGGAAUUCUUUGGGAGAAUUUGGUAUCUUACCUUGGGUGUCCCUUCCUUGCACAUGUACAGGAAGUUCCUCCCUUACAGGGGGGCUAUGCCCCACAUUCUGCCAUCAAAGGGGCUAAAAGGCUGGCAUUUGGUCCUCAAGCCUCCAGAAUGUGUUACUGUAGGGAGGUGAUAAGGGAGACCCUUGGGGACUGAGGGGCCAAGAGCAAUCUGGGGAAGUAUGUGAAAGGUGCUGAGCCCCGCAGGGGCUGCUCACUUUGAAGAUGCCCUUGGGCUUCCUGAUUGAAUAGGAUCAGUUGUAUAUACCUCUUGGGGGUAGGAAUAAGAUCUAGCCAGUCUCAGGUGACCAUGGGGCCAGGCCUGUGUCUUCCAGUUGCCCUCCUCUGCUCCAUUCCAGGCUUUAGCCCUGUCCAGAAUCACUGGCAGUAAGCCCCACCCACAGCUGCUUUUUCAGUUUGCAGUGGAGGGCUACCCACUGCAUGCCCCAUCUCAUCCUGUUCCCUCUACUACCUUGUACAGUACAUACUGGCAGCCCCACUUUAUGAAGAAACAGGACCAUAAAAGGGAAUGUUCAGUGAGCCCACACAGCCAACUGUUUAUCACAACACAAAUCCAGAGUGGCUGGCCCCAAAGCCAGGCUUCUCGGUACCAGGCUGGGCACUCUAUUUCUCCAAGCAAGACUGGGAAGAGCCCCAAAGCCUACACCUCAGCAGCUUGUUCCUGGUUCGCUCCCUAGAGCACAGGCCUUUUUCAUAGCUACUGUAGCCCCGUUCACAUGGGCUGGGUGGAGACUGGAGGAGUGGCAGAGAAUGCUGACUCCUUCCUGAGCACUUUCACCAAGUUCACACAAGCUAACAAGUACACAACUCUCUACUGGGUCUCUUCUCCUACCUUUGUAUAGUAGGCUUUCUUGACCCAUUUUGCUUUUGUAACUUGAUAUUUAUUCUGGGUUUUGUAGCAUUUUUAUUACGUGGUGAGUUUUCAGAAUAAAAGCAACUGUGUCAUGA